ACAAGAUGACUCGAAAAUUAUUAUUUUUCGCAUUUCUUGCCUUUUUAACGUUUGUUGACUGUGGUUAUGGUCCAGAAAUGUUCGCCCAUCCCCAACCCGACACUUACAAAAAAUGGCUUUUUUGGACAAUUCGACCAACGUUGAUUAAAUACAAUUUACACGAUCGUGAUUUUACUGAAUGGACAAAUAAACUUGACACAUUUUUGGAAGAAUAUUCCGCGAAUUCUGAUUCGCGACAAACUUGCACUCAUUCGACUGUUGGAACAGAAAAAAUCCCGUGUGACGUCGAUAUGCGAGGAUUUGGUCCCUGUUCAAGCAAAAAUUCUUAUGGAUAUGAUAAAGGACAGCCUUGCGUGUUUCUGUCUUUGGAAAAACGAGACGAUUGGAUGCCAGAAUUCUUCAACGAUGUGAAAAAAUUGCCUGUUGACAUGCCGACUCAAUUGAAAAGUUUCAUUAAUUCGAGCACGGGAACGUUGGAUAACAUUUGGGUCUCCUGUGAUGGCGAAACUCCCGUAGAUGUCGAAAAUAUUGGACCGAUUUCUUAUUAUCCGAAAAAUUACUUCCCUGGAUAUUAUUUUCCGUAUAAAAAUCAGAAAAAUUAUUUGAGUCCGUUGAUUGCCAUUCAACUUGAGAAGCCUACAAGAGGAGUUGUGAUCAACAUUCGUUGCAAAGCGUGGGUUGGAAACAUCGAAUAUUGCACAAAAAAUCGUUUGGGAACUGUUAAUUUUGAAUUAUUGAUCGAUUAAAUGUUUACUUACACACGAUUUUUGUGUAAUUCGUC